GUGGGACGGCUACAGUCCAAUACAACGCGUAAGGGAAAGUUUGUCUCCUGCCGGCUUCUGUACCUCCACCAGGAAGUUGCUACAAUUCAGUUCAUUCAGUACACUUAUCAGUUAUUUUAUUUCAAAAUGCGUCGGAGAACGGAAGCUCAAGCAUCAAGCAAUGAAACUGUUAAUGCCAAUAAAAAGGAUCCAGAUCAAAGACUUCACAACCAGUCUGAAGCUAAAGGCAGAGGUUCUUGCAGUUCUGUGCUCAUAAACAUUGGAAAGUGUUUACUUUUAAUCAUCAUCAUCCCUCCAUUCCUCAACUAUGCAUCGCUGCAGAGAGAAGGACAGAUGCUCUUGCCCAAAGAUGGCCAGAUUGUUGAUGUCAGUUUGGGUCAAAAGAUGCAUCUUCUGUGUAAAGGAAAAGGGAAGCCAGUUGUCAUACUUGAUGCACCAACUGGAAUGUCCUCAGACAUUUGGUUUCAUGUCCAAGAAAGUGUGGCCACACUAACAAAGGUUUGCACCUAUGACAGAAUGGGACUGGGAUUCAGCAAGCGGCUGAUGCAGAAUGAAACCACAGGAACUGAGAAAGUUUGGGGCAUGUCAACAUCAGGACGGAUGGUGGAUGAUCUGCACCGACUCCUGCAGGCGGCCGGGAUAGCCAAGCCCUUCAUCCUGGUGGGCUCCGAGCUUGGUGCGCUCAAUGGCAGGUUCUACAGCCACAUUCACGAUGUGCAAGUGUCAGACCUGGUGCUGAUCGAUCCCAUCCCAGAGGACGUUUUUGACGACGACCAGUGGAUGGACUACUGGUAUGGUAAGCUGUUGCCGUCAUUGCAAGCCAGACAGUUUUCCGCAGCUACAGGGCUGAGCCGCAUGCUGAUUAUCCUGGGGGCGAUUGAACCGACUAUCAAAGGCGAAAAUGUCUCAGAGGAGGUCAUCCAGCGCCAGAAAUACCUACUAAGUAACCCUGCCCACCAAAGCAGUGCUGUAGAUGAGCAUUACUUUCUGAAUGAAAGUGCAGCUCAAGUAAGGGACAUCACAAAGUUUAAGCCCCUCUCCAGCAGGGUGUCAGUGAGUAUGAUCACUGGAGAUUCCUUUGACGAGCAAGUACCAGAACACUUAAACCAGAUGGUAGCUAAGCUUCAAAAGAAGUUUCUGGAGGAGUCCUACCCAUCAGCCAAUCACAUUCACAUAAAAGAGGCAGACCGGCGAAUGAUCUACAAGAAGCCAUCUGCCAUCAUCCAGCACCUGAGGAAGCUAGUCAACCAGCGACAAGCCAAACAGCAGAGCGAGUGACCCAUGGCCAAAAUGUAACUAUACGCCAGACCUGGACAGAAUAACAGUUGAAUAUGUUUUAAAUAUUCAAUAAAACAUUCAAGUUAUCUUUUUACCUUUCCCUGUAGCAGUCUGUAGAGAUUGUCUACAUGUCUGAUAAGGUUCAUCAGGGAGUCAAUUUUAGAACAUAUUUUUGCACAGCUCUGCUUCAUUGGAAGCUUUUUAAUUGAAGAUAACUGGAGGGUAUUCAGUGUUAUGAAAUAUUUGCUGUCUUAGAUUCAGAAAAUCUUAUCUUUCAAGUUGUUAUUUCAGUCUCUUUACCUGAUUGGCCAGUGCCAAAAAUUAAUACAUUACUCCUUAUCAAUGUAAAAGCCACACAUGCCGCUGCUCAACCUGAUACUUUUUAUCUCAUUCCUUUCUGACUUAAUACCCUGCCAUGUUAUAGCCACAGGCAAGGGUACAUUGAGUUCCUCUGUCUCUGUUGCAUCAGCCUCAGUCAUUUGUUACUUGCGUAAAAUUGAGUUACAUCACAAUCAGACCUAGAAUGGCAAACUUUUUUUUUUAUGGAUAUACAGUAGUGCGAAAGAAAGAUCAGACAGCACUGGUUUAUCCUGAGGAUUUAAGUUUAAUUAUGACACCACA